AUGGGUCACCCUGCCGGUCUCCGGGCUGGAACGCGCUAUGCGUUCAGUCGUGAUUUCCGUAAGAAGGGUAUGAUCGCCCUCGGAACGUACAUGAAAAUCUACAAAGUCGGAGAUAUUGUCGAUAUCAAGGCCAACGGUGCUGUUCAGAAGGGCAUGCCCUUCAAAGUCUACCACGGGAAAACUGGCGUCGUGUACAACGUGACCAAAUCCGCAGUCGGUGUCAUCAUCUACAAGAAGGUCGGCAACCGAUACAUGGAGAAGCGAGUCAACGUCCGCGUCGAACAUAUCGCCCACUCCCGAUCAAGAGAUGAAUUCCUGAACAGAGUCAAGACCAACGCCGCUAGCCGCAAGGCCGCCAAGGAGAGGGGUGAGAGUGUCCAGCUGAAGCGUCAACCGGUCGGUCCCCGGGGAUCAAGGGUCGUCGAGUUCACCGAGAUCGAGAGUCUGGCACCCCAGCCAUACGAUACCCACAUUUAA